AUGCUCUUGGCAUUUAUUACCUUGAUUAUUUACGUCUUAUCAUCUGUCGGCGCUUUCAGUCUCUAUGGCGGAUACGAACGUAUAUUUUACUAUAACGCCUAUCUAGCCGAUGCGGAAAUCAACGGCGGAGAGCCAAAAAAGAUCGCAGUCGGCUGUAGCAACACUGGGACAUGCACUUUUGAUAGAUUUAUACAGUUUAUCAAUGGGCUGGACAGACCUCCCAAGCUCCCCAAGUCACCCGAUCUUAAUAUUCACAAGGCAGCUGAUGACCUCGACAAAAAGCAACUUACCGGGGUUUACAUAGUCAAAAGAGUGUCCAAAAAGGCCGAAAAUGUCGCCAAGCUAUUUGAAGAAGUGAGUACAAGGCCUCAAGGAAUGUAUACGAGGGCUAACUUAUCUAUGCAGAUUUCUUGCUUUAUGGACGAGAGGAAAACAAAGGAACUAAACCAAUUAUGGGAGUCUGCGCGUGCGUCAAUCGAGGUGGUCUGUUUUCUACGAAAGGCUGCGAAUUCAGACAAGCUCAAGCAAGUUCUCGAACUAGAAGGAAUAGACCCCAUUAUGAAACCUGAACGUUAUGAAUGCGAGGAGAAAUUGCUCAUUGACGAAAUGGCAACUAUCCAAAAAUACGAACCCCAGGAUGUGGUCGAUGUGGCGAAAUUGAUUGUAAAGUUUCAUAGGGAUGAGAAGAGCCAUGAGACAAACAUCAGGUGUGCCUGUUGGUCAGCCGUGAGACUACAUAGGCGAUCCUCGGCUAUAGUGGGCGACGUUUUUCAAUCAGGUUACAACGACGAAGAAUGCUGGGAGGAGAAUACUUGUCUGAAAGAUGAUGUAGGCAAUCGAGAUCAUCAAUAUCUUGAAACGCAAUUCGAUGGCCGGUCCGAGGCAUACAGAUGUAAAGAAUUAUGA